UCUCUCUGAGGCAAAAAAGAGGAAAACGACCCUUGGUGUCAGUUCCUUCUUUUUCUACAGUUACGUUUGCCGCUAGAAAUGCGUCUGCUGCUCAUCGACAAGGAACAAGGAAAGCACUUCUGGUGAGAGGAAGAGCGGACGACGCGUGAUUUUGGACUCGUCCACGGCCACAUAACGGAUCCCGGUCCUCUUAUCAUGGAAGAUGAUAAAAAAGAAGACCCAGCCCGGAAUAAAGAGCCGAAGUUCCUGAGUAAGGCUGGCUGGGUGAAGAAGGCUUAUGGCAGACUGUUGGCAAGCUACAAAGAUCGCUACGUCCAUGUGGAGAGGACAGAGAUUGUGGUGUAUGAAAACGAGGAUUUGCAGAACUGCCUGGAGAGGUUUGACCUGGAAAACUAUGAAAAAUGCCAUGAAUUGAAGAGCACUUUCAAGAAGAAGCACAGACUGAUACUCAUACGAUCACCCAAAUCAGGAAACAAGGUUCAUGAUGUGAAGUUCCAGGCUCAAACUGUGGAGGAGAAGGAGGCUUGGAUCAAAGCCCUCAGUGAUGCCAUCAAUCGAGCUAAGAACAAAGUCUUCGACGAGGUCAAAGUGGAUGAAAGCAGUAACUUGGAGCAUGUUACUCGCUCAAGACCCAAAGGAAACCGCAAUCGAAGGCCGCCGACCCGGAUCCACAUGAAAGGGGUUGCUGAGGUUUCAUCUGAUGGUAUCCUGCGUCUGGAUCUUGAUCUGGAGGAUGCGGUGAUGCCUAACGGGACCCACAUGACCAGUGUUGAUGGCUCAGAGCUGUCCAAAGAAGCCACGGACACAGCCCCUGCUCCGAACAUCAACAGGGCUGCGGAGAAACCUUCAGAGGAGGAUUCUAAGGAUGAGCCACAGACCACUACCGAGAAAAAGGUCAUCAAACCCCCCAUGCCGCCUACCAAAGAGGCUAAACCCUGUCCAGCUGCCGAGGAUGAACCCGAGAAAGACAAAAAGGUCCUGAAACCACCUAUGCCUCCAUCCAAAGCAGCCAAACCAUGUGGAUCACCCGUUGAGGAAACUACAGAGGAUCAAAAUCUUGAUUCUAAGAAAAAGACAGGCCCACCACCAACCCCUCCCAACAAACCCUCCUCAAGCGGCUCUCUUAGCAACCUUGUAGAGGCCUCCCAGUCCACACCAGGCCCCCACCCUCCUACCCCUCCAUCCAAAGAGAAAAAGCCAUCCCACUCUGCCUCAGAAACAGACAAUGAGGCCACCGGAGGGAAAAAGGUGAAGGGAGAGGAGAGUGGAGUGGAAAAAGCAGGAACGGCUAAUGAACAGGACGAUGCCGACCGGUCAGCUUCUCGGGACGUUUCCCAUCCUGGAGAUGACCGACCGGAGAGCCCCAGAGCUGAGGGAGACGUCUCUGAUGAAGAACCCCUGGAGGCCUUGAGGGAGAAGACAUCCGACACUGAGCCACGGAUAAAAAGUCCAGAGAAAGCUGCUCAGGCUGACGUGCAGGACAAAGGGAACCGCUCGGCCACGGGUCCUCCCAAAGUGGGCUGGGACUCCACGGCCCCUGAUACCUCAGGCAGUCCCGUUCAGGCACCGGUGACCCACCCCCACAGCCAAGUCCCCUCAGUCGUCGUGUCUGUUGAGGAGCCGCACGCCGACAGUCUCAGCCUGCUCUGUCACCUGUCCGGGGAGAAGAAAAAGAAGGCGGAGGAGAAAUCUGUGGACAGCGGGCGGCAUUCGGACGAUGAGAGCGAAGGCUCCGGGAGCGAAGACACACUGGCGGCUUCCACGGCCGCUCUCAAGGGAAGCCACACCGCUCUGGAUGCGUUAGACACUGCUGAGGACAAAAGUCAGACCUCCGUUAACUUCAGGCCCACGGCCAAACCUCAGGUCUUUCCUUACCGGCGCUCAGAGCCCACUUAUAAACCUCCCAAACCUUCUCCCAAGGCCAGGUCGGCAUCUAUAGGAGACCUGUUGUCCGAACCCUCAGGCUGUCCGCCGCUGGAACAGCCCACAGCCGGGAAAGGAAGCAAUCCGCUUCCUAUGGGGAACUUCAUGAAGCUGGAGAGUGAAGUGGCGCUGGAGAUGGAGAAGACCAGCGAGCUCCUGAGCAAGGCUCAGGGUUCCGGUUACGAGGAGGGUCUGCCUGAGGAGCUGCUGGCUAAAGCCAUGGAGAAGCUGAAGAAGGCCAACCACGUCCUCAUGGAGGUCAAGAAGCUGAAACUUGCGGACUGCUCAAGAAACAGGAUGAGCUUGUGAAGGCCAGUCAUGUAUUAGGAACCCCUCAAACAGGCCUGUCAAACCUCAGAUUCUCCACAUGAUUCGACUUCAUCUGAAGAGAAGCUUACUUUGAGUUUAAAUGGACUAAAUGUUGGGAAAACGUUGUUUCAGGCAAAUGAGUUACAGUCGUGUUUAUUGUCAAAAUACAUCCUGAAGUUCAUUAUUUUGAUUGUAAAAGUGAAACAUAAUGUCUUUAUGGUACAGUCAUUUUUAGUCAAAUCAGAAAGCUAAUAUUAGCCUUUUUAUUCAGCUUAUGUGCACAUGCAGCCGGCAGAAGGAAUGGGAGACUUAUUUAGCAUGCUUUUGGCUGCGAAAACUACCUUUUGAGCAGUGAAUCAUUACAUUACCAUUGCAAAUGGAAAUCGUGUUUCAUGGAAUGGGAAAGCAGUUGUGUCAGGACCAGGUCAGGAUUCAGGGUUUAGUGAGCACUCAGUUCAUAGGUGGAGGGGUCCCACGGAUACAGGUUUAGCAGCUCAGAAUUUAAUAUGUGCAAUUUUUCUAGUUUCUCUGCAAUAUAAUGCUAAUGUUCAACGGUUUAUACGUGUUAAUUGUUAUGAAAUAAUCACAGAUGUUGAUUACUUGAAAGGGAAAUCGAGGACUAAUAAUAGAAUCAAAAUGGAUGUAAUAAUUUACAAAAGGUACGAGGACGAUUGACGCCACAUUAGACACAUUUCAGUACUUUAGUUUCAGUUUUCUAACUUUCAGAUAUCAAGUUCUUACAUCCAUUUUAUACAACAAAUGUAUGCUGUACAUACUUUAAUUCUGCCACAGCAUGUCUGAGAGCUCUCAGAGGCUAAUAGCCGAGAAGGAAUAGCAUCAUUAAAGCAAAUCAGAAAAUUUCUCAGUUAGUGGGAUUACAGAUUUUAAUAGUCAUACUUAUUCCACUGUGAUUUCUAUUUUUAUACAGGUAAUGUUGAGCGCACGUUGAGCUCUUUCUAACCCUUUUUACCUUUAGAUUUUAUAUAAAUGUGUUGCUAUUGUACAUAUGUGCUAAUCAGUAAUAAUUCCUGCAGUCUGAUUCAUUAAUUAAGAAUUUAUCAUUUUUAUUGUGCAGCUCUUUGACAAAAUGCCAUAUGAAGUAUGUAAAAUAUUUUAUAACAGUAGAUACACCUUUUUACUCUGAUGAAAUCUAAUGUUUCUGUAAUAAACAUGGAAACAUGUCU